GGAGGGUCUAGCUGAGCCGGGACCGAGGAAAAGCAGACUCUUUGCAAGGCGCAGGUGAAGGGGGGAGGAGGAAGCGUCGCCCCGGCGGGAGCAACUGCGGCCAUGGGUGUGGACGUGGAGACCAUCUCGCCUGGAGACGGAAGAACAUUUCCAAAGAAAGGUCAGACGUGUGUGGUACAUUAUACAGGGAUGUUACAGAAUGGAAAGAAGUUUGAUUCCUCCCGAGACCGAAACAAGCCUUUCAAGUUCAAGAUCGGCAGACAAGAAGUCAUUAAAGGCUUCGAAGAAGGAACUGCGCAGAUGAGCCUGGGACAACGAGCAAAGCUGACUUGCACACCUGACAUGGCGUAUGGAGCCACCGGCCAUCCUGGAGUCAUCCCGCCAAAUGCUACGCUCAUUUUUGAUGUGGAGCUGCUUAAGAUAGAGUAACUCAGAACAGCUGACUGAAGGUCAUAGCCUCCCAUCCUCUUCCCCUUUUCCUUUAAUGGGAAGCAUCUCCACCGAAAUUUCUGUCACUCCUGCUGUCAUGCCAACAAUGCCUCUACUUGAGGUUGUUUUCUCACUUUCCUAAUUUUUUAAAGAAAAAAAUAUUGUUGGUGUAUGUAUUUGUCCUUGUUUAGAUGCUUCUUUUUUGCUGUGGAGACAAAAAAAAUGGCUGUAACAUUUUUUGAGUUGUAAAUUUUAUUUUAAUUUGCAUGUGAAACUUCAAAAUUGUGAUUAGAACUAUAUAUAAACACAAAAGAAACCUAUAAAUAUGUAGAGAAAUUACUUACUGAAAAACCACUGCCUUACUAUACACAUUAAAAAAAAUAAAAGAAUACACACACACAGAGAGGGGUGCUCAGAAAUCAAGUGUACAGGUUGUACAUGAAUGGGCAUUAGCCAAACCAAGUUACCUGCGCUGCCACUUUUUCUCAACUUGUAUGUUCUGCUUGCUGCUGUUUUAAAUAAAAUGUCUCAGAUGGGGGG